AUGCUGACCGCCGAAAACAAGAAGGUGAUCCAGCAGGUCUGGGAGAAGGUGAAGGAGGACUUCGGAGCCGAGGCCCUGGAGAGGUUGUUCUGCACCUACCCCCAGACCAAGACCUACUUCCCCCACUUUGACCUGAAGCAUGGCUCCGACCAGGUCCGCAACCACGGCAAGAAGGUGGUGAAUGCCUUGAGCACUGCCGUCAAGAACCUGGACAACCUCAGCCAGGCCCUGGCUGAGCUCAGCAACCUGCACGCCUACAACCUGCGUGUCGACCCUGUCAACUUCAAGCUGCUGGCGCAGUGCUUCCAGGUGGUGAUGGCUGUGCACCUGGGCAAGGACUACACCCCCGAGGCGCAUGCUGCCAUUGACAAGUUCCUGACAGCCGUGGCUGCCGUGCUGGCCGAGAAGUACAGAUGAGCUGCUGCCCGUGUCCAGUUGCCAUCAAUAAAGACACUUUUGCUGCA